AUGCGCAGUGAAACAAAAAGAAAAACAUGGUUACCGCUGUUGAUUAGGAUUUAGUACUGUCAAAAUUAUAAUUUAGUUCUCUUUAAAAUUGUAAUAACAAACCAAAGAAUUUAGUAAACAAUGCUUCGAUUGUGCCACCAAGGUACGCCGCGAACCGCAAGGUUAUGCCACUACAUUUCUUCGAGACUCUUCUCGGAGACAGCCUCCACGGAAGCGGACAGCGACUUGUCCUUCCGUGGACGCGUCACAGACAUGCCUCCGAUGAACCAACCAGUUCCUGGACUACCAGAACCCGUCUAUUCCGACUACAAAGAGUCCUCACAAAAGACACAAAUCACCACACUAGCAAAUGGCUUGCGUAUUGCAUCAGAGAAUCGGUUUGGUGAAUUCUGCACUGUUGGGGUUGUGAUAGACUCUGGAUCACGGUAUGAAGUUGCAUACCCAAGUGGAAUAUCACAUUUUCUUGAAAAGUUAGCUUUUCAUUCAACAAGUAAAUAUCCAGACAAAGAUGCAAUGAUGAACAAUCUCGAACAACAUGGUGGUAUCUGUGACAGUCAAGCAUCCAGAGAUACAAUGAUCUACGCGGCGUCCGCAUACAACACCGGUUUGAACGACGUGAUGAAACUCCUCGGCGAAGUUGUCCUACGUCCGAGAAUCACUCAAGAAGAACUUGAAUACGCCAAACAAGCGAUAUAUUUUGAAUUGGAGACAUUGGCAAUGCGUCCAGAGCAAGAAACACUACUCAUGGAUAUGAUCCAUGCAGCUGCUUACAGAGACAACACACUGGGUCUUCCGAAACUAUGCCCAUCGAAUAAUAUUAAUAAAAUUGACAGACCGAUGAUAUUUAACUAUUUGCGACAACAUAUUGUACCCAAGCGCAUGGUUAUUGCUGGUGUUGGUGUGGAUCACCAAAGAUUGGUGGAUUCAGCACAGAAAUUCUUUGUUGAUGAGAAAUCCGUUUGGGAAGCGAAACCAGCGCUGUAUCAACCGCACAAGUCGGUUAAUAUUGAUGAAAGUGUUUCACAGUAUACAGGGGGAUUAGUACAAGAAGAAUGUGAGAUUCCGCAGUUUGCUUCAGCGGGCCUACCUGUUUUGUGCCAUGUGAUGAUUGGUCUGGAAGGUUGUUCGCAUCAGGAUGAUGAUUUCAUCGCCAUGUGUGUGUUGAACAUGAUGAUGGGCGGUGGCGGGUCGUUUAGUGCUGGUGGGCCUGGAAAAGGGAUGUAUACUAGGUUAUACACAAACGUACUUAACAAAUAUCAUUGGAUGUAUAGUGCAACAGCAUACAAUCACGCCUACGCUGAUUCUGGAUUGUUUUGUAUUCAUGCAAGUGCACCGCCCGCGCAGUUACGUGAUAUGGUUGAAGUUAUUGUCAAAGAAAUGGUUUUUAUGACUAAUAAUAUCACAGAAACCGAAUUACGGAGAGCUAAAACACAACUUCAAUCAAUGUUGUUAAUGAAUCUGGAAUCACGGCCGGUUGUUUUCGAGGAUAUUGCGCGACAAGUUUUGGCAACCGGACAUCGAAAACGGCCGAGUUAUUAUAUCGAAGCAAUAGAAAAAAUCACGCGUGAUAAUAUAAUAGCCGUGGCACGACGUUUACUCAGUUCACAACCGUCGGUGGCAGCCCGAGGAGAUUUGCGCCACAUGCCAUCACUGGAGGUGAUACAGGCGGCUUUCCUAAACUCGGAGGGUAAGAUGCCUGCGCGGAAACUCUCCCUGUUUAGAUAACUAGUCAACCACUAGAAUCUGAUGAGAAUAUUGAUUUUUUAUAAAGAAUUUAUUGCAAUAAAUACCUGACGUGUUGCGAUAAUAUGAUAAAUGACAAUUGUAUGUUUAUAGAUAAAUGUAUUCUAUAUUGAAGUUUUGCAGAUAAGUGAAGAUUAUGAUAUUUAAGUGAUGCCAAGUCUAUUUUAUCAAUAAAAUAGUCGAAAUCUUAAA